AUGUCAUCUCAUACUCAUUUCUCUCCAUGGUGCGGAACAGACGUCGUGUGUAGUGAAGUGGCGGCCAUUCUUCAAACCCUUUGUGCCUGGUCUGAUACAGUCCCAUUGCGUUUCGCGUGGGUCUGCAUCCGACGGCCGCCAUCUUGGCUGCCGCUUGGGGCGCGGUCGCUGCUAGCUACGAUAUGGGUUUGUAACGUCAUCACCGACUUACUCAAGACCGACGUAGCAGUCGCGCUGCCGACUGCUUGC